AUGUGGCUGGCUGAUGUCUCGUACAGCGCCCGUGUUGCUUUUAUUAUUACCGCAAAGGCCCUUGGCCCGAAGUGUCAAAGGAGACCCUUUCUCCAUCACUACCUAGGAAGCGUUCAAAGAACGGGAUGAGGAGGCUUGUUCCCUCCAACGGUCUUUGUUCUCCCCCCGAUCUUAAAUGCGUGCAAGCUUGCUAUUCUUCACCUCCAACAACUAUUUCUAUCUGAACUACGUCCACAGUCGAACGCCAUGCCACCGCAACGCCGAAACCCCUGCCAUCGCUAUGGCCUCCGUUCCAAAGGCCCGGUGGACCGCGAAGUCUUCCAGGUUCUAGACACCUUGAAAGCUGUCCGGCCUUCCAAGGUGAGACCUGUCAAGCGUCCAAAGGCAAUAAUACACAGGUUCACAACGCGCAUCAAACUCAAUUUCGUCACCCUUCGCAAUGAGUUAUUGAUCCGAGAAGAGGACUCUACGGAUAGUAGCAGUACCUCUGAUCCGGAUUCGGCUUGCGACAGCGAGAUGGAAGUCAAUGAGACAAAAACCUUCACCACCAGGGAGUAUCCUAGAAAUUGCCGACGUCUUAACAUGCCCAUUCGGUGGCUUGCUGUCAACGUUGCGACCCAGGAAAAAGUACCGUUGGAUGCGAUCUUCGAUGCGAAGUACAUGCCGCUAGAUGAUGAUGCCGAAUUCCAGGACCGGGUUGGUCAAUGGCAAGACCUUGAUGCGUGGAUGGAUGGAUUCAUGUUUGAUUCCUUGACCUCGCUGUUCAACCUCUCUUCCUCUGAUAACGAGAUCUCUUUCCAAGAGGAUUGUUAUUUGCCGCUCAUCAAGGCCAGUCUGGGUAAAUGCGACGACGGCAUCUUCUUCCGCCAUUGUAUUAGAAGACAGGGGUUCAACGAUACCAGCGGUCGACAAUGCUUUGGCUUUCCACUUGCUGUCUGCGUAUAUAAAUACAGGUUGGGUCAAAGGGGUAUAGCCCAGUCUGAGAUUACGCCACUCCUGCUCCAAGUCAAUUUGGGCUAUGAGUACAAUUCCCAUCGCGAGCAAUACCCUGCGUACAUCCUCAGUCAGCGAGGCAGAAAUUUUCGUUUCGUCAAAGCCACCAUGACCCGGCAGGAAGUUGAACGCCUUCGAGACAAGGAAACCCUAUCGGGUAAGAUACAAGUGCAACGGACCAGGGCCUUCAACAUUCGUGACCGCAGUGGGCGCAGAGAGUUUGUCCGCACGAUGAUAGGCUUGUUACGUUCCUUUGAAGAUCGUCCCGAAGCCGAGUAUCCCAUGUACACCAGCCAGUGGUUUUUCCGGGAGAAGGAGAAGGAAGGAGGAGGCGAAAGAGGCGAAGGAGAAGGAGAAGAAGAAGGAGGCGAAGAAGGCGAAAGAGGCGGAGAGCGACGGGGGUACCUAUACCGUAUAAUAGCUUCAUUAUGGCCCUUUUAGGCAUUGUGGAUAUAUAGUAUCAGGCCAGGAGCCCUUCUGGCAUAU